AUGGCUUCAUCCGGACACCCUGAGACCCUCAUAAUCGAUGGUAAGAAAUACAGAGACGUUCAUGAAGGCUCGGCCUCUGUUCUGGCCCCCUAUGGACAGCAGGAAUUGAAGCAGGGCAGAAACAAUGAUGAGGGAAGCCAAGCAGUCUUUUACAACCCCAUUCAACAAUUCAACCGUGACUUGAGUGUACUCGCCAUCACCGUCUAUGGCGAAGGUGCGGUGUUGGAAAAGGAGAGACGGUACAAUCAGAAGAACGCCCGGCAUGGAAAGAAUAAAAAACACAACCGAAACCAACAGUCGCCGGCCGAGGUGCAAAUCGGGAACGGGUCGGAAGAAACGAGUAGUCUAAAACGUAAAGCAGAUCAGUUGGCCGAUCAAGAUGGAGACUCGAUUCCAGCCGAAAACAAAAUCGUCAAAAGAACUGAUGACCCCGAGGAUGCCGACGAAGAGCUACCGGUGAUGGAACUAAAAGGGGAUCCUCCCGAGUUUGUUCACAAUGGCGAAGGUGAACAAGCUCAAAGUGAUGCCAACCAGAAAGAACCAGGAUCAGAAGCGUGUCCUGCACAAACAUCUACCAAGAAACACGUACCUUUCUCCAUACUCGAUGCCCUCUCUGCAACUGGUCUUCGGGCCCUUCGCUAUGCCAAGGAGAUCCCAUUCGCUACCGACAUCGUCGCCAACGAUCUCUCCGAACUGUCCGUCCGGAACAUUGAACUCAACAUCAAACAUAACCGCGUCGAAGACAAGGUUCACUCCAAUCUGGGUGAUGCCAGAGCUUUCAUGUACAGCAGAGUCGGCAAUUGGCAACCACGACGUGGAGAAGGAUACGUGCAUCGAUUUGAUGUCAUCGACCUUGAUCCUUACGGUACAGCCGCUCCAUUCUUCGACGCGAGUCUUCAAGCACUCCAGGAUGGAGGAAUGUUAUGUGUGACUUGCACAGACGCCGGAGUCUUUGCCUCCACAGGUUAUCCCGAAAAGACCUUCGCUUUAUAUGGAGGCACUCCGAUGAAAGGGCCACACUCCCAUGAAGGUGGAUUAAGGUUGAUUGUCCACGCUGUGGCAAUGUCGGCAGCUAAGUACGGGCUGGCGGUCGAACCACUUCUGUCACUUUACAUCGACUUUUACGCUCGACUGUUUAUUCGCGUACACCGACAACAACAGGAAGUCAAACUUCUGGCCGGAACGACAAUGAUGGUAUACAACUGUGGUCAUGGUUGUGGGGCAUGGACUACACAAUCAUUGCUGCGCCACCAAGAAUUACUCAACAAGAAUGGUGACCCCAUGUACAAAUUUUCCUUGGCCCAAGCGCCUUCAACGCCGCCGAAUUGCGAGCAUUGCGGCUCCAAAAUGCACCUCUCUGGUCCGAUGUGGUCGGGUCCUUUGCACAAUCCACAUUUCGUCCAGCGAAUGUUGGAGCGAGUGCCGUCCCUAGAUAAGAACGUUUAUGGCACAACCGACCGACUUGAGGGAAUGCUCACGUUGGCUUUGGAGGAAGACCUCACUCUUCACCCAUCGACCCGUGAGGAUUCAACCUUGGCGGGAGCAGAGAACGACAGCAACCUGGAACCUCAAAUUAUUCCACGACUACCACCGAGAACGAUCGACAGCGCACCAUUCUUCAUCGUCCCUAACCAAUUAGCGAAGGUAAUCCACUGCGCAACACCAUCGGAAGACAUGAUGCGCGGUGCGAUCCGCAGCCUCGGCUACCGGGUUACCCGUUCACAUUGCAAGCCCGGCAGUAUCAAGACAAAUACUCCCUGGAGUGUACUUUGGGAGAUCGUCCGCGAAUUUAUGCGCACGAAAGCACCGAUUAGAGAAGGCGCUAUCAAGCAAGCGUCGCCGGGAUGGAAUGUCCUGGCCAAACUUCGAGGGUCAGAGAGGGCGUUGGUUUCGGAUUUCAAAGAUAGUGCGACGAAGCAGCUUGGUCGGUGCGAGACCAAAGAAGACCUCAAGACCGUCCUGCAGGGAAUGCUGUGGAGGUUGGAGAAUGGGGCUUUUGCUGUCUCCGCCAACGGCGACGGUGAAAACCCCAAAGCCCAAGCCCAAUCUGAAGGCCAGGGCGAAGACGGAGAACCACCAUCUCACCACUCACGAUCACGGGCACACAGCCCGGCUUCUAGAGAGCUCAAGAUCGUCUUCGACGAGAAACUCGGCCGGGAGAAGCAGCGCGGCAAACUCGUUCGGUACCAAAUGAAUCCGCGAGAGAACUGGGGCCCAAUGAAUCGGGCCGGGCGCAUGAGCUAG